CGUUCGUUUCGCAAAACAUGCUAGCUGAUGUAACAUUUUAGUUGAUAAUUUUAAUCGAAAUAUAAGUGACGGUCAGUGCGAAUUAUUGUUAAAUUACCAUCGGAACAAAUUGUGGAGGAGUGGUGAUCAAAAUGAACCAACUAUUGUGUAGAAUUAGCCGGCCAACGGCGAAAGUUUUAGUUCGCCAUGUGAAGUCCCAUUCCAGUGUCAAUGUGCUGCGACAAAUUGGUUCCAAUGCAACAACAACCGGAGUCACCGUUGGUCGGAGUGAGCGCGCUUUGGUGGACCGUGCCCGAGGGAUGUUGACGAGAAACUGCUGGAACAGUGUGCCGAUGCAAAGUGCACUGCGCUCAGUUACGGUUCUGAGCUCGCGGACUUUCUGCAGCAAACGAGAUCCAGACGAGGACGAAGCGGGCACAGACCCGGAACCGGUACAGUUUUCCAGUCAGCUGCCGGCCACGGUGGCAAUUCCCGAGGUUUGGCCCCAUCUACCGGUGAUUGCUACCAAGCGGAAUCCUGUGUUUCCGAGGUUCAUGAAGAUUUUGGAGGUUACAAACCCGAUGCUGAUAGAUUUGAUCAGACGAAAGGUCAAGCUAAAUCAGCCAUAUGCCGGAAUUUUCCUCAAGAAAGACGACGAAAAUCCCAACGAAGUGGUGGACAACCUGACGGAGAUCUAUAACGUUGGCACGUUCGCACAAAUCCAGGAAAUGCAAGACCUGGGUGACAAACUACGCCUCGUAGUGACUGCUCAUCGGCGGAUCAAAAUCGUUGGCCAACUGUACGAAGAUCUGGAUGCCUCUCUGGAGGGAAAACAAAUGACCAUUAAAUAUCCGUUCUUUAAAACGCAAAUCAAUGUCUCAGUGGACGAGAGUGACGCCGAAAAGCGACGGCGGAAGCACAAGAACCGCAACAAGAAGGUGAUCCGGAAUACCAACAACGACAGUACGGUGGAUGGAGAACCAGUGGAGGAACCUCCGAAGAGGCGACUGCUUAAAGAUGGCGAACAGCAACCAGUGCUGAUGGUGGAAGUGGAAAACGUCAAGCACGAAUCGUUCAAGCACACCGAAGAAGUUAAGGCCCUGACACAGGAAGUGAUCAAAACCAUUAGGGACAUCAUCACGAUGAAUCCGCUUUAUCGAGAAAGCUUGCAGCAAAUGCUAAACCAAAAUCAGCGGGUGGUUGACAAUCCGGUUUACCUGUGUGAUUUGGGAGCGUCUCUGUCCGCGGCGGAUCCACCAGAACUUCAAGAUAUUCUUGAAGAAAUGGAUAUCCCAAAACGGCUGAUGUUGGCGCUGUCUCUGCUGAAGAAAGAACUUGAGUUGUCUAAGCUGCAGGCAAAAAUCGGUCGAGAAGUAGAAGAAAAGGUCAAACAGCAGCACCGCAAAUACAUUCUGCAGGAGCAGCUGAAAGUCAUCAAAAAGGAACUUGGUAUCGAAAAGGAAGACAAGGACGCCAUUGGUGAGAAGUAUCGUGAGCGAAUCAAGGACAAGGUUGUUCCGAAAGCCGUAGCCGAUGUUAUCGAAGAGGAGUUGAACAAGCUCAACUUCCUGGAGAGCCACAGCUCGGAGUUCAAUGUAACCCGGAAUUACCUCGACUGGCUGACGACUUUGCCAUGGGGUGUAAUGAGCGAAGAGAAUCUUGACAUUGAUCGCGCCACGGAAAUCCUCGAUUCCGAUCACUAUGGAAUGGAGGAUAUCAAGAAGCGCAUUCUGGAGUUCAUUGCCGUGAGUCAACUCAAGGGGACAACUCAGGGAAAAAUUCUGUGCUUCUAUGGACCACCGGGUGUCGGUAAGACGAGUAUUGCGCGUUCGAUUGCACGUGCCUUGAACAGAGAGUACUUCCGGUUUAGUGUUGGUGGAAUGACCGACGUCGCUGAAAUCAAAGGCCACCGGAGGACGUACGUGGGGGCUAUGCCAGGAAAGCUGAUUCAGUGCCUGAAGAAAACGAAAACGGAAAAUCCGCUCGUUUUAAUCGACGAGGUUGACAAGAUUGGCAAGGGUUAUCAGGGUGAUCCAAGCUCAGCGCUUUUGGAACUUUUGGAUCCGGAGCAGAACGUUAACUUCCUUGACCACUACCUCGAUGUUCCAGUUGACUUAUCCAAAGUGUUGUUCAUUUGCACUGCCAACGUUAUUGAAACCAUUCCAGAGCCGCUGCGCGAUCGAAUGGAAAUGAUCGAUAUGUCAGGUUACGUAGCCGAAGAGAAGGUAGCCAUCGCCAAGCAAUACCUCAUCCCGCAAGCGAAAAAGAAUUGCGGUCUCGAGGACAAGCACAUCAACAUUACCGACGAAGCCCUGAACGUGCUGAUUCGCUCCUACUGCCGAGAGUCCGGUGUGCGGAAUCUACAAAAACAGAUCGAAAAAGUUGUUCGCAAGGUUACAUUUAAAAUUGUUCGAAAAGAAGUCGAAUCUGCCGAGGUCACCGGAGAAAAUCUCACCGAGCUGCUGGGAAAACCGAUAUUCACCCACGAUCGAAUGUACGAUUCGACGCCACCGGGAGUGGUCAUGGGCCUGGCGUGGACCGCCAUGGGAGGUUCUGCCCUGUACAUCGAAACUGCCAAACGAAAGCUGAUCGAAGCCAAGGACAAAGUUGGAGAUGGUUCGCUGGAGCUUACCGGUCAUUUGGGUGAUGUCAUGAAAGAAUCGGCGCGGAUUGCACUUACUGUGGCGCGAAACUACAUUAAACAGCAUGAUCAGAGUAAUAAUUUCCUGGAAUCUAGUCAUAUUCACUUGCACGUUCCGGAGGGAGCUACGCCCAAGGAUGGUCCCAGUGCCGGUGUUACGAUAGUUACCGCGUUAUUAUCCCUCGCUAAGGGUACUCCUAUCCGGCAGAACGUUGCCAUGACCGGGGAAGUAUCGCUUAUGGGUAAGGUUCUACCGGUUGGAGGCAUCAAGGAGAAAACAAUUGCUGCCAAACGGAGUGGAGUUGAUUGUAUAAUCCUGCCGGAAGAAAACAAAAAGGAUUACACCGAUCUGCCGACAUACAUUACCGACGGACUAGAAGUGCAUUUUGUUGAUCAUUAUUCGGAUGUGUAUAAAAUUGUGUUUGCCGAGGGCGGCAAAUAGGGGAAGGGAAACAGUCUAGGACUAGUGUACAGCUUCAGUGAAGUUAGUUAGCUACAUCAAUGAUAAGGCUCUCGUUAAGAAAUCAAAUAUAGGCGAUACCAGCUAUGAAAUUAA